GGCUCUCAGAAUGUUACAAAGACAACUCCUGCAAGCCCAACAGGAAACGGGCAGAUCACCACAACUACAGACACCAGCAAGAUGCAAGGGACCACCCCCACAAGCAAGCCAGGAAACCCACCAUCCACCUCCAUGUCGUCAACUGCCACAGUUCCAGGGACCACCCCUACAAGCAAGCCAGGAAACCCGCCGACCUCCACUGUGAUAUCACCCUCCACUGUUCAAGGGACCACCCCUACAAGCAGCCCGGGAAACUCAUCACCCACCCCCACGACAUCGCCCCGCCUGUCUCAGCAGGUCAGCUCUUCAACCAGCUCCGGAGCCUCAACAGCCACCCCUGAUGCAACCUCCAGCGUGGCCCAGCAGAAGACCACCCCUCCAGCCACCUUGGGAAGCUUGGCCGCCACCACUGCUGCAAGUCCUGUCCCCACACAUACGAGCAGCCCUCCAGCCACCUCAGAAGGUUUAGGGACUGCUGUCACAUCCCCUCCCAGCGUGGAAGCUCAGGGAGGCCAGCCUUCGGACCAGUUGACCAGCACCGCUGCGAGCACCGGAGUCCUAACGAGCAGCCUUCCCCCUGGGCUCAAGGACUAUGGUAUCUCUUCUCCCACAGCUGUCACCAAGCAGCCUCACUUUUCUCCCAGUUCUCCAGGCCAGGGACUGGCCUCUUCCACCAGACCUGGAAGCAUUGACACUUCUGUUACCCCUUUUGAUGGAUCCGUCUCCCCCACCACUAGAAAAGCAUCUCUGUCUUUACCACCUGGCAGCAUCAACAAGGUCUCGGAGGCAGCCACCACGCCGACUCUUGGAACAGACCAGAGAAGCCAUGACGCCAGCUCUGUGUCAACCAAACCUGCAAGUGCUGACCAGAGCCCUGCCACUGCACAGCCAUCAGCCCCGGCCCCGGGGGACCAGACGGCGAGCAGCAGUCCUGGCCACCAGCACCCUAACGCUUCUUUCCAAAAUGAGGUCAUCUGUAAAGACCAGGUGCAAAAUAAUUGGCCCACCAUGUAUCUGAAAGAAGCUAAAACCUGUGCCGAGUGGAGGACCACCAGCAUCAACAUCUCCUUCUUUGAGAGCUUCUGCUCGACGGGCCAGCACGCUUUCAACGCCAGCAGGGAAACGUGCACAGUGAUGCUGACCUCCCGCGAGCCCCGCUCCCAGCACUGGGCCGUGCAGGCGGUUGUGCACCUCCCUUUGGACCCUGAAAAAGUCCUCGAGGAGCUGAAGGAGAAGAAGGACAAGUUAGAGGAGCUCGGCAUCGCCAACAUCACCUAUGACAAAAUGGAGAGGGAGAUGAUAAUCAACGAUGAGUUCAGCACGCCCCUGAUCAUCACCAUCGUCACCCUGGCCGUCUCCCUGCUGCUGAUCGCGGCCAUCUACGGCUGCUGCCACCAGCGCUUCUCCCGAAAGAAGGACCAGCACAUCCACCCUGAUCUCCCCGGGUUUGAUGAUGGACAUGUGGCCCUGAUCUUUAAUCAGCGCCUGACUGAGGAGCUGCAGACGAUGGAGAACGGCUACCACGAUAACCCCACGCUGGAGGUGAUGGAGACCUCCUCCGAAAUGCAGGAGAAGAAGGUGAACCUCAACGGCGAGCUGGGGGAUAGCUGGAUUGUUCCUCUCGACACCCUCAUGAAGGAGGACCUGGAGGAAGAGGAGGACACGCAUUUAUAGGAUACAGAACUCGGAUCAAGCAAAAAACGACCACGCCCAAAAAACCCCCACCCAUAAUCC